AUGCUUGCCAUUCUAACUCUGGUUGGUAUUGCUUGUUGGUGUAAACAACUUGUUCGAAAUAUAUUGCGAUCAGCAAUAACCUCCAAGGAUGGAACCUACGCAGCUUCCACAAAACAAACCUAUACGAGCCUUUCUAACGCUGGCAAAUUUUUGUGUGUUAACCAAGCUGGGACUACCGCAGCUGUCACGUGUGAAGUUACCGCGGUUACCUUGUGUUCAAUUCGACAACGACCUGGACGACAACGAGGAAGCCAGGUAGUGGAGUGCCGCCCCUCACCAAAAGCUUUCAAAAGGGGAAAUCGCGAAAGGGCAAUCCACGACCAUCAUCACUGCCUUGGACCACCCCACGUGCCGAAGAGACAUGCUGUCAACCUGUACUCAGCACUGACUCAUCACAACAAUGUGGCUCUACAAGGUGACGGAUGGAAGACGGAUGAUGACGAACAAUUUUAUUGAUUUUUGUCGGGCGGGAGGAGUGUCGCCAAAAUUGGCGACUUUUGGUCGAUUUUUUAACCAUUCAAUUUUGGUUAAUUUUUUCAUCGUUCACCGUUAAUUUUUUUGUCGUCCACUCUUUAUUUUUGAAUUAUUUUCCCGCCUAAAUUCCUUUCUUUAUUUUUUGUGUCCGUUCGUGCCAGCCACCCUCCGUUCUCUUACUCAUUUUUUCCUUUUGUUUUUGGACUUGGCUUCUCUGGCCGAGUUUUCUCUUCUGUUUUAUUUUCUCUAGCUACUUCGCGCAUUUUUUUCAAACUUACAUUUUUGAAAUUUUUAUUGCCAAACCCCGCCUUUAUUUGGGUCUAUUUAAAACAUUGGGUCAGCCACACAUUAUUCCUUCAUUAUCCUCCAUUCACUCCAUCAAUUAACUGCUUCCAACAACUUCUGUGUGUGGCUGAUCAACUGCUUCUG